CCUGCGCGCGCUUGGUACGGUCGGCUGGGAUCCGGGCAGCCGCGGCCGGCGCUCAAGUUUCCCGGGCAGGAAGCGCGGGGCCUGCCGGAAAGGCGCCGGGACCGUUGUCCGCUGGACCGGUGGCGGUCGCGCGUGGACUGCGACAUGCAGAGCGUAAACCUGGGCAACAAGGAGAGCGGCAAGAUAUGGCACCGCAAACCAUCCCCAGCCACUCGGGACGGAAUUAUAGUGAACAUCAUUCACAACACUUCUGACUACCUGCCCAAAGUUUUACGGUUUUUGAAUGUGGCUUUUGAUAGCUCAGGUGAUUCUUUAAUUGCUGGGGACCAUCAAGGAAAUAUCUAUGUUUUUGACUUGUAUGGAAACAGGUUUAAUCUUGUUCAGCGAACAUCGCAAGCUUGCACAGCUCUGGCCUUUAAUCUUCAUAGGAAGUCUGAAUUCCUUGUGGCGUUAGCUGAUUAUUCUAUUAAAUGUUUCGAUACAGUCACCAGGGAGCUAGUUAGCUGGAUGAGAGGACAUGAAUCAUCGGUGUUCUCGAUCUCUGUGCACGCAUCUGGGAGAUACGCCAUCACUACUUCUUCUGAUACAGCACAGCUAUGGGACUUGGAUACCUUCCAAAGAAAAAGAAAGCUGAAUAUUCUCCAGUCUGUGGGUAUACAAAAGGUUUUCUUUCUACCAUUAAGUAAUACCAUCCUCAGCUGUUUUAAAGAUAAUUCCAUCUUUGCCUGGGAAUGUGAUACUCUUGUUUGCAAAUAUCAAUUGCCAGCUCCACCUGAAAGCUCUAGUAUAUUAUACAAAGUGUUUGCUGUGACCAGAGAUGGCCGAAUCCUGGCUGCUGGGGGCAAAUCGAAUCAUCUUCAUUUGUGGUGCUUGGAAGCCAAACAGCUAUUUAGAAUUAUCCAGAUGCCCACCAAAGUUCGAGCCAUUCGCCAUCUAGAAUUUCUUCCUGAUAGUUUUGAUGCUGGUUCUAAUCAGGUGCUUGGAGUGCUCAGUCAGGAUGGCAUUAUGAGAUUUGUUAAUAUACAGACUUGUAAACUUCUCUUUGAAAUUGGGAGCCUUGACGAAGGAAUUAGUUCAUCAGCAAUUAGCCCCCAUGGACGGUACAUUGCAUCUAUUUUGGAAAAUGGAAGUCUGAACAUAUAUUCAGUUCAGACUUUAACAAAAGAAAUAAAUAAGCCACCUCCCCCUUUAGUGAAAGUGAUUGAAGAUUUGCCUAAGAGGAAAGUGAAUUCUGGUGAUCUUAAGAUGAAAGUAACAUCAGGAAGAGUACAGCGGCCAGCAAAAUCAAGGGAAAACAAAAUACAAGCUAGAAUAUUAAAACAAGACCUGACUGGUAAUUUUGAAAAUAAAGAGAAUGAGUUUUCAGAUGGAUUAAACAAAAAGCGUUUACAAACCUUAUUAAAAAGCUAUGGUGAAUAUCCAACGAAAUACAGAAUGUUCAUUUGGCGCUCUCUGCUACAGCUGCCUGAAAAUCAUACUGCAUUUAGUAACCUUAUAGAUAAAGGUAUUCAUGUGGCAUUUCUCAACCUUCAGAAGAAAUACCCCAUCAAAAGUAGGAAACUACUCAGAGUAUUACAGAGAACCCUCUCCGCAUUAGCUCACUGGUCCGCCAUCUUUAGUGACACACCGUAUCUUCCACUUCUGGCAUUUCCAUUUGUAAAAUUAUUCCAGAACAACCAGCUCAUCUGUUUUGAAGUUGUUGCUACUCUUUUAAUCAAUUGGUGUCAACACUGGUUUGAAUAUUUUCCUAAUCCUCCUAUCAAUAUUCUUAGUAUGAUAGAAAAUGUUUUGGCAUUUCAUGACAAGGAACUCCUGCAACACUUCAUAAAUCAUGAUAUAACUUCCCAGCUGUAUGCAUGGCCUCUUCUUGAAACUGUGUUCUCGGAAGUACUGACAAGAGAGGAGUGGCUAAAAUUAUUCGAUAAUGUCUUUUCCAACCAUCCUUCAUUCCUCCUGAUGACUGUUGUGGCCUACAACAUAUGUUCUAGAGCUCCUUUGCUCAACUGUAAUCUUAAAGAUGAUUUUGAGUUUUUUUUUCACCAUCGUAAUAACCUGGAUAUAAGUGCUGUAAUUAGAGAAGUUUAUCGUCUCAUGGAUACCACGCCCGCUGAUAUUCAUCCAGACAGCGUGCUUGAUGUUUCUGUGGCACUGACAAAAGGGCAAUACCCAGUAUUUAAUCAAUAUCCAAAGUUUAUUGCGGACUGUCAGACACAGGAACGAGAAAGAAUAAGGAAUGAUGAAUUGGAUCCCUUAAGAGAGAGGCAGGUAGUUGAAGACAUGCAAGCUGAAGUAGACCAGCAAAGAGUUGAAGAUGAAGGUUGGUACCAAAAACAGGAACUGCUUCGUAAAGCUGAAGAAACAAGGAGAGAAAUGCUCUUACAAGAGGAGGAGAAGAUGACACAGCAAAGACAGAAACUAGCUGCUGUGAAAAGAGAGUUGAAAGUAAAGGAAGUGCACUUACAAGAUGCUGCAAGAAGGCAUCUCCUGCAGCCUCAGCGAGAUGAGCGUGAAAUGGAGCUAAGAAGACUGGAGGGUGAAAUUGAGAGACAGGUACAUAUGAGAGAUCGAGAAAUUGCUGCCACAGCCAAAGACCUAGAAAUGAGACGUCUGGAACUCGAACCACAAAAAAGACUUUAUGAGAAGAAUCUCACUAGAAAUCAAGAAGCUAUUGCAAAAGAAAUGAGAGAAGAUGCAGAUGCCUAUAAACGAAAAGUGGAUCUUGAAGAACACAUGUUUCAUAGACCGAUAGGAACAGAUCAAACUCAGAACCAAAAAACUCAGAAGUUAAUUGAAGAAAAUUUGGCAAAAGCUGAACAAGCAUGUCUAAAUACUGACUGGCGAAUUCAAGCUUUACAUAAACAAAGAUGCGAUGAUCUACACCGAAAUGAAUGUUACCAGGAAGUAGCCAAACUGCUUCGGAAAAACAGAAAGAAAGAAAUGGAAGUAUUAAAUGCAGUGAUGGAGGGGGAAGCUGAAAAGUGGGAGGAAGCUGAAGAAAAAGACUUUCAUUUGAAAUCAGAAAAGAAAGCUGCUGCUCUUUCAGAUGCAUCUAGAAGGUGGUUCCUAGAGAAUGAGAUACAUGAUGCUUUAGAAAAUGCUCAACAUCCGUACCGUAGAGUGCCCAGGUGCCAAGAUGAAUGGGUCGCCUCAAGCUGUUUGCCUAGAACCUCACAGUUAAAAGACAUUUCUGAAAUGGAGUGCUUGACACAGAUUUCAUUAAACCAAAGAAAAACACGUUGGGACACCAUGGAAUGGGAUCUUAUGGAGAGAGUGAGAAAUCUCCGCCAGAGACUCGCCACCCAGGCUCGGAACAGAUGUCAGACGCCUCAUCUUUUGGCUACUUAGGAGGCUGGUCACCUUGAGAGAGUCAAAGAGCGAGAUGCCUAUUUUGCAAUCAGUGACACUGAUUUUCAGAUUAUUUAUUUUAAAUUCCUAUAAAGAUCAACCUUUUGUAUGAAAAAUAUGUGUGUAUAAAAAUUAUGUGUUCUCCUUAAUUCUGGUGCUUUGUGACUUGUAAGUGGCUUAUUGUACUUUUCACAACAAAAAAAAAUUUGAAGCUUUUAAAGCUUUGUAUUAGGCCCUUUCAGGUUGCAAGGACCAGCAUAAACCUCAGGAACUUUAGUUGGUGAGGUUUUAUUUUAAAGAUGAACGGAGAAAUAAAGAACAUGACACCACCUCAACAGCUGUGCAACCAGGACUGAGCCUGAACUCAGCGGCAGCACCGGGGCACGAGCAGUGAGGAGAGGCCCACCUGACAGCCCCCCUGCCCCCAGCAGCUGGUCCUCCCCUCGUCAGCGAUCCGCCGUACCAACAACAGCACCCGGGCCACUGUCUCCUCUUCUCCUGACGGCACCGGCUCAGCUCCACAACAGGGCUGCUCCCGGCUUCCUCAUCUUGGCAAAUUACUUCCCUGAACCCAUUUCUAAAGGGAGAGUAGAAA